ACAUCGAAGGAGAUGCGUUCGGGAAAUUUUGCGAAAUUUCGCAUAACCUGCAAUUCUGUGGACCGCUUUCCAAGUGAAUCGCGAUUUCACUUUUUUUAAGAGAGAUUAAAAAGGGAACCGUCAUAGCGAGAAAAGGAUUCGGCCCUGGAGAACAGGAAUGGGGAUACGUGAAAGUGCGACCCGCCUCGCACAUGUUCUGGUGGCUCUACUACACCACCGCCAACGUGUCCUCCUAUUACGAUAAACCGUUGAUUAUCUGGUUGCAAGGUGGGCCGGGAGCAUCGUCCACCUCCUAUGGGAACUUUGAGGAACUCGGACCUUUGGACGUCGAUUUGACGCCGAGAAACUUCUCCUGGGUGAAAAAUUACAAUGUCCUCUUCAUCGACAACCCAGUUGGUACAGGGUUCAGUUACACCACGUUAUCGAGCGGAUACGCGAGAACAAACACGGAGAUUGCUCACGAUCUCGUCGAAUGUAUGAAAGGUUUCCUGAAAGCAUUACCGGAAUUCCAAGAUGUGCCCACGUAUAUCACGACCGAAUCUUACGGAGGGAAAAUGGGAGCGGAAUUCGCUCUUCAAUGGUACAAGGCGCAGCAAAAGAGAAUUAUCAAGAGCAAUUUGAAGGGUGUCGCCCUCGGUGACGCGUGGAUCUCUCCCGUCGACUCCGUGAUGAGUUGGGCGCCCUUCUUACUCGCCACGGGCAUGGUGGACACCGAGGGGUACAAGAAGAUCGAUGAAAUGGCUCAAAAGACGAAAAAUGCCGUGGAAACGAAGAGCUGGAGGACGGCCACGAUGCUUUGGAUCAACGCGGAGGCAGUGGUCGCUGAAGUUACCGAUAAUAUCGAUUUCUAUAAUAUCUUAACGAAAAUGGAAGCUAGCGGGACUCUCUCCCUCAUGAAGAGAAUUCGGUCGAAACCGUUCCUUCGAGAAUACGCCACGUUCAACGAAGCCAUCUUAAACAGGCUUAUGAAUGGACCCGUGAAGGAAGCUUUGCAACUUCCGGUUAACCACGGCGAUCAAUCAGAUAUGGUAUUCACCAAGUUGCAAGAGGAUUUCAUGAAACCUGUAGUCAAUAUAGUGGAGGAAUUAUUGAACAAAACUGAUCUAAAAGUUGCCGUGAUCACCGGUCACAUGGAUCUCAUCGUCGACACUCCAGGAACUUUAAAUUGGGUUGAGAAGAUGAACUGGAAAAACGCAAAUUUGUGGCAAUAUUCUUCCAGAUAUCCCUUAGUGGUGCAGGAGAUCAUAGAAGGUUAUGAGAAAUCUUACGACAAUUUCGCCAUGUACUGGGUGAACAGAGCCGGUCACAUGGUACCAAAGGACAAUCCAGCAGCAAUGGGAAGGAUACUGGAAAAAUUCACGGAACAAUAAAUCAAAUUUCAAGAGAUCAAAUCGUACGACGACUGAGAAAUGGAGUUCAGAAAUAAAUUAAAAUUCGUGUAAAAUAAAUAAGUGAAAAGAGCUACAUACAUAAAUUUAUACUUUAUCGUA